GAGCUUAAGACCAAACACUCUGUAGUAAUAUUAAUAUAGUGUUUUAUAUUAAUAUACUGUAAUCUCAUUUUGAGUAUUUAUGUGCUGUGGGGUGUUUGUUCUCUCUCAUUUCUUAGGAGUCCUCAUGUACUGCAAAAUUUUCAGCACUCUAACUGCAAGAAGUGCAGUACGAUAUGGAGAAUGAUGGAGGAGUUUUCUAAAGUAAUUAGAAUCCUGUGUGUGGUAGCCAAGUGAGAAAAGAGGGAGGGUAGGAAGGUUGAGAGGUGGCACUGGGGAACGACGACAAAGUUUUUCAGCCAGGAUUUUGUUGUCCUUGGUCCCAUUAAUCUUGGCCAAGGCAAACAAACUGGGUCUCUCAGUUUCACAAUCUCUAAAAUGAGGACAGUACUCACUCUACAUACCUCCCAGGUGAUCCUGGAAGGCCUCAUAGGUAAGCUAUGAAUGAAACGGAAGACUUACUGGAUCAUCCAGUUCUUGCCUUCAGUUUUCAUUGUUCAGAGAGUUUAAGACUUGGGCCAGGACAAAAAAUUAAUUGUUUCCUCUUCUCCCUCUUUCCUGUCAAACGAGUUAAAGAGUUAGGUAAGUUAAAGUAACACUGGGAAUAGAAGUACCUCCCUCUUAAAUAUUAUGUUUCGAAAUUGUUCUGCGUUUAUUCCUUUCCAAAAAUCAUGAGGCACAAUUUCAAUAGCAAAAAGUCAGAACAAUAAGAAUAAUCACUCCUGCUUCUGACUGCAUUUAAGAACAGUGCUUUGAAAAAACCAAAUAGACUCCAUUAUUAACAGUAUUAAAAGCCCACCAGACUGUAUGAGAUUGGAGCAAACGGAAAACUCACACUAGACGGAAGCCUCGUAUGCAAAUGAAGGAUGCAGGUUCUGAUUUCCCAUUGGUUCUUAAAUAGUAGCCAAUGGGAAACUAGCACAAACCUACCUCUGGUUAGUAUAAAUAUUGCUCUCGCCGUAGCUUGCUUUAUUGUUUGCUUUUUGUUUUGAAGGUUUAAAUUUGAGGGGUAAUAGUUAUGUCUGGCCGUGGUAAACAGGGUGGCAAGGUUCGUUCUAAGGCUAAGACCCGCUCCUCGCGAGCUGGGCUCCAAUUCCCCGUAGGCCGAGUGCACCGCCUGCUCCGCAAGGGUAACUACUCCGAGCGAGUCGGCGCCGGGGCGCCGGUGUACCUGGCGGCGGUGCUGGAGUACCUGACGGCCGAGAUCCUGGAGCUGGCGGGCAACGCGGCCCGCGACAACAAGAAGACGCGCAUCAUUCCGCGCCACCUGCAGCUGGCCAUCCGCAAUGACGAGGAGCUUAACAAGUUGCUGGGGCGCGUGACCAUCGCUCAGGGCGGCGUCCUGCCCAACAUCCAGGCGGUACUGCUCCCCAAGAAGACUGAGAGCCACCACAAGGCCAAGGGCAAAUAAAGCGUUUAUUACUUUUGCACGGCAUUUUUGUUUUCCAUUAUCCAAGAAAAAGAAAAAAGUCAACUUACAAAGGCUCUUCUCAGAGCCACCCACCCUUUUCUUUUAAAGAGCUGUCAUGCUUUUCAGUUCUGCCCAUACGAGGGUUGUGACAUCAGAAGAAAAAUCACGGCUAAUAAGUGAGUGUCCUAAGGGAAAUCAAUAAGAAUAUGUGCGAAAACACCAGCUGUGAGGAAAGCCACACGAGUUUAAAUUGACCGGAUUAAGUAGGUGAAUCAGUUUAUAGUCCAACUACUUUCCUCUUCGUUCCAGAGGUGACUUUUGGAAAGUUUUUCGCACUGGAGAGUGAGGAAAGUAUACUCACUUUCAGUAUAGUGAAAAGCGCUGUAUUCUUCAAAGUUAACCUUCAACAUUUUUUAUUGACUUGAACACCCCAAACCUCUGCAUCUAUUCAACUUUAUAAAAAACAUUACACAUUUCCUGAAGGGAUUGAGUAAAUUACAGAUCCUUGGUACUUCGCGCUCGUGUCAGAAACAUCUUCCUGACUCUCCACAGUGUUUGUGCCAGACUCAAGAAAAUCUGAGUAUCAUUUUAGAUGCAGCCCAUCUAAUUUUUCUAAGCACUUCCAAAAUAUCUUUGGUGAUUGUACUUUAAAAAAAAAAAAUACACAAAAAAUCAAUCCGUUGGCGGUGCCCGCGUUGCUUUGUGUAACUGCUGUACGUUUUGGAAGCGAAAGCGUAAAUAAAAUGAUGUCAGGGCGUCGGAGUCGCUAUAGUUAAAGGGCAGGGUUUAGGAUUCAUUCACCAACCCGAAAGCAGCUCUUAAUUCUUCCGGGCCAGGCACAGAAAUGGACCAAUCCGAGGAGGGCGCGGGUACUUUUGAAUGUUCUUGGGUCCAAUAGUUGGUGGCCUGGCUGUAUAAAAGAAGGGCGGCUGAGUGCUUUCCACUGGCAUUCGGGAG